CAGCUCGCCGCGGCCGGUGGGCGGUGCGCGGACCGUGCGCGCCGGCGGCGCCAGAUGUGCCGUCCCCGCCGCCGCCAGUGACCGAGCCGCAGCCUGAGCGGGAUCGGGCCGCCUCCCCGAUGCUGCGGGGGCGACCUUGAGCGCACCCCGGCUUGCCUCCACGGGGACCCCGACUCCCCGAGCGCUGCGCCCGGUCCUGCCCUCUCCAGCCCGGCUCGCCCCGCGUUUAGACAUGGAGGGGGCCGCUGCACCCGCGGCUGGGGACGGCCCCGACUUGGGGCCGGGGGCGCCGGGCUCUCUCCCGGAGGCGGGGGCGGGGGCGACUGCAGCCCCCGCAGCAGCGGCGGCCCCGGAGCCCAGGAAGCCGCACGGGGUGAAGCGGCAUCACCACAAGCACAACUUGAAGCACCGCUACGAGCUGCAGGAGACCCUGGGCAAAGGCACCUAUGGCAAAGUCAAGAGGGCCACCGAGAGGUUUUCGGGCCGAGUGGUCGCUAUAAAAUCCAUUCGUAAGGACAAAAUUAAGGAUGAACAAGACAUGGUUCACAUCAGACGAGAGAUUGAGAUCAUGUCAUCCCUCAACCAUCCUCAUAUCAUCAGUAUUUAUGAAGUGUUUGAGAACAAAGAUAAGAUUGUGAUCAUCAUGGAGUACGCAAGCAAAGGGGAGCUGUACGAUUACAUCAGCGAGCGGCGACGCCUCAGUGAGCGGGAGACCAGACACUUCUUCCGGCAGAUUGUGUCCGCCGUGCACUACUGUCACAAGAACGGCGUGGUCCACCGGGACUUGAAGCUGGAAAAUAUACUGCUCGAUGACAACUGCAAUAUUAAGAUUGCUGACUUUGGGCUUUCCAACCUGUACCAGAAGGACAAGUUCUUGCAAACUUUCUGUGGGAGCCCACUCUACGCAUCUCCUGAAAUUGUCAAUGGGAGGCCUUACCGAGGGCCAGAGGUGGACAGCUGGGCCCUGGGCGUGUUGCUUUACACUCUCGUUUAUGGUACCAUGCCCUUCGAUGGUUUCGAUCACAAAAACCUCAUUCGGCAGAUCAGCAGUGGAGAGUACCGGGAGCCCACGCAGCCCUCAGAUGCUCGAGGACUCAUUCGGUGGAUGCUGAUGGUGAACCCUGAUCGCCGGGCCACCAUCGAGGACAUAGCCAACCACUGGUGGGUGAACUGGGGCUACAAGAGCAGCGUCUGCGACUGUGAUGCCCUUCACAACUCCGAGUCCCCGCUCUUGGCGCGCAUUAUCGAUUGGCAUCACCGUUCCACGGGGCUGCAGGCUGAGGCCGAAGCCAAAAUUAAGGGCCUGGCCAAACCCGGGGCCUCUGAGGUCAUGCUGGAGCGGCAGCGGUCGCUGAAGAAGUCCAAGAAGGAGAAUGACUUUGCCCAGUCCGGCCAGGACUCGGUGCCCGAAAGCCCAUCCAAGUUGAAUUCCAAGAGGCCCAAAGGGAUCCUGAAGAAGCGAAGCAACAGCGAGCAUCGCUCUCACAGCACCGGCUUCAUCGAAGGCGUCGUCACUCCUGCCUUACCCUCUGCUUUCAAGAUGGAGCAGGACUUGUGCCGGACUGGCGUGCCCGUCCCGAGCUCCCCCGAGGCAGAGGUGCCUGGUAAACUCAGCCCCAAACAGUCAGCCACGAUGCCCAAGAAAGGCAUCUUGAAGAAGACCCAGCAGAGAGAAUCGGGUUACUACUCCUCCCCAGAGCGCAGCGAGUCUUCAGAGCUGUUGGACAGUAAUGACGGGAUGGGCAGCAGCAUCCCCUCCCCCAGCCCCCCGGACCCAGCCAGAGUGACGUCCCACAGCCUCUCCUGCCGCAGGAAGGGCAUCUUGAAACACAGCAGCAAGUACUCAGCAGGCACCAUGGACCCGGCCCUCGCGAGCCCCGAAAUGCCCACACUGGAAUCCUUGCUGGAGCCUGGCGUCCCCGCCGAGGGCCUCUCCCGGAGCUACAGCCGGCCUUCCAGCGUCAUCAGCGAAGACAGCGUCCUGUCCAGCGACUCCUUCGACUUGCUGGAUUUGCAGGAGAAUCGCCCUGCCCGCCAGCGCAUCCGCAGCUGCGUCUCCGCCGAAAACUUCCUCCAGAUCCAGGACUUUGAGGGGCUCCAGAACCGGCCCCGGCCCCAGUACCUAAAGCGGUACCGGAACCGGCUGGGAGACAGCAGCUUCUCGCUCCUCACGGACAUGGAUGACGUGACUCAGGUCUACAAGAAAGCGCUGGAGAUCUGCAACAAGCUCAACUAGCUCCCCCGGGGUGCAGGGCGGGGCGGGGGUGGGUACGAGGGAGGAAGGGGAGCAGUGACUUGUGCUAACGAGCUGGUUACCUCUUUGCUGGCCAUGACAAGAGACUGAAAAAGGAUUGGUGCUGCCAUCUUGCUUGGCCAGGUUUGCAGCCUUGAGCCAGCACCUAAAAGGGAGAUGUGGGCUCUCUUCCAGUCCUGUCAACUGCCAGUCAGAAUUUGGGUCCUAAUUGGCAUUUGCUUUGUGGCACCUCCCAGAGGACCAGCUGUCCCGGGGAGGUGGUGUUGGCCAGCACUUAGAGGGUGGGGAGGAAGUGUGUGGGAGAGGAAGCAUUUCCCUAGAAGCGUCCAGAUGCUUCUGGAGGAGGGGCAAGAGAGACUGGAGCCAUCUGCUGUGGGUGAGCUCAAAGAGCUUGCUCCUCCUCUCCUCCCAUAGCAAGCUUGGUCUGAGCACACGAGGCCAGCAAGUAGAUUUCAGCAACCUGAUCUUGAAUCAGUGAUUGAUUGAUAGUGGCUGCUGAAUGUGCUAGCUUGAGUAGCCCAGGAAGGAGUGCUAUGAUUGAAUAGUAAUGGCUGCCAUGGGAAUGGGAAGUGGGGCAGUAGCACUCUUGCCAUGUAGUUGCCAUCCUUGACCUGGCUAAGCCCUGGGAGUUAGGUUAAGGCAUCCUGUGGGAUCUAUGUGAACUUGUAUGCCUCUGGCGUGGCAUUUGUCAAUUUGCUAGUCUACCAUGAAUGGAAGACAGAGCCUUGGUCAGAGAGAGAAUGCUCUGAACUCUGCUAAGGACAUAGAGUCAGCCCGUGGUGAUUUUUUGGCUCCCUGCUCUCCACUUCUUCUUUCCUGAUGUCUGCUUUGCUGUUCAGCAUAACCCCCCGAAGGUAGACAGGGAAAAAGAUAGUGGUGUCAAAACUAUGGUGUAUAACAGAGCUCAGGACCCUCUGUGGUCUUUGUGCAGAUGAGGGGACGUUGAUCCACACCAGCAAGGGGGCGACUUGUCAAUUUCCUUAACGUCUCAAUAUUAACUGGAAUGCUGCCUCUUGGGUUCUCGCCUGCAUGAAUGCUUUGACUUGGAUGUGAUACUGUCCAUAGUCUCCAAAGGAGCCACUGGCUCAACCGUUUGCUCUGUUUACUGAUCCCCCAAGUGUAGACCUCUCAGAGUAGGCGAGUUUGCUCUGGGAGUUAGUGUGUAGGUGGGAUAUUUGGAGGAGGAAAAGGAAGUCAGGCAGAAGGUGUUUUAUCCCCAAAUCUGGGUAUUCUGUCAUGGUUUUGGUCUCCUAGGCUUUGGGGAAAAAGGUGUUGAAAGAGCAGAGUGGGUUAGGAGGAAGCAUAGAGGAGAGAGAACAUUUUCUUAGGAUUCAUUGAAGUGAUCCUGGAGGAGGCAAAAAAGAGGUGUGACAGGACUCUUAUCUGACAAAGUCACUCCCACAAUGGGACAUCUCCAGACACUGGGUUCGAAAUGAAUGGUCUUCUUUGGGAAUUUGGGAUGACUUCAGAUUCUACUGCCUUGGGCAAAUCGAAACCCUCGUAUCAAGAUGGCUGACUUCCGAGAGCCACCUAGACACAUAAGGAGGACUAGUCUUGGGAGUGUUUUUGGGAAUACCAACAGACAAUGGUUCAUAGGGAGAUGAGAAAGAACUCACCUGAGGGCACUAAGAACAUUAAGUAGGAUGAGGUUGCCCUUUCCCUGAGAAGGCAGCUCCCAUUUCUCCCCUUCCCACCAGCUCUAGGGUUUGGGCUUGCGCCUUCAGGUUGAGCUGAGUAGUGUAUUAUGGCAAGCUUCUCAGUUUGCUUUCAUUCAAUUCCAUCUCUUUCCUGAACUCCAAUAUAGGUUCAAAGGGAAAAAAAAGCUAUAGCAAAUUGUGUGUAUGAGGUGUGUGGGUGCAUGGAGGGCAUUCUGCAACCUCUGAGCUCCCUGCUCCUUAACUCGUUUUAUGCAACCUUUUCUGAACAGCCUCUCCUGCCUCACUGCCGGCCCCUCACGUGGCAGCUGGCCUAGCGGGUAGCUGUCAGCAUGACUUAGGUAUCACACCUACCUACUGGUUGAUGUGUUUUUUCCUUUUGCCAAGUGAUUGCAUCUGUUUAGUGUUUUCCAUCCUUCUAAUCUUUAAAUAAAAAUGACAUCAUCGAGGAAAAUAAUCCCACACACCCCAAAAAAACCCCCACAUGUAUGUUCUCUUUUGUCAAGAAGCCCAGACAGUGGAUUGUGGCAAAGACAGUCCUCCACUCAGAGGCCGAGAUUCUGAGUUGAGUCCUGGUGUGCUGCUAACUAGCUACUGGCCUCAGACACUGCCGUGUUUUGGGGGCUGAGCGUUCCCUUCAGUGAGGGUUGGAAGGGUGGAUCCGCUGGUGUCUCAGGCCCCACCUCGUUCUGACAUUCUGCUAACAUCCUCUGCUUUUAGAUGCGAUGUUGACUGCCCUUUCAAGGCAAAACUUGGAAAUAGAGGGAAAAGCCCUGAAAAGCAGCUCCUCUAUUUCCUGAGUCAGUCCCAUCCUCCCUACCAGCCAAUCCCCAGCCGAGGAAGUCAUGUUUGAGUCAUUUCCAUGGAAUUACAAGUGAGAGACACUUUUCUGACCUGGUGGACCAAACGGGAGAUUCGAUGUCAGCUCUCUGGUCCUUUCCUUGCCUCGGUGGGCCUUUCGGUGUCUUAGUUUACACAUCUGCCAAAGGAGUAGAAUUAUACUUCUUUUUACAGGUAAAUUUCAAGGCAUGAUCAGUUUUCAGGAAGUGCUUCAAGACCCCAGGCAAAAUGAAAAAUGCUAAGUCCUCUCUGAAUUUCCAUCCCUGUUAUAAGGUGCUGCUUCUUCAGAUGACGGGGGCGCACUUUUCAGGAUGAAAUUCAGGGAUGUGUUGCCCAGGCCUGCUGUCUUGAGUACAAAUGUGAAUGAUCGACUGACUGCUUAUUGCCAAACUGGAAAUGUUCUGUAGGGAUUUACUGGCAUGGUAUCAUUCCUAGAAGAAAAAAAAAAAGAGAGAGAAACUUGACUGCAUUUUUUUUUUAAAUCCAUGUUGUGACUUUUAUUUAAUUUCUAUUUUUUUUUUUUUUGGUAAUAAAAAGUUGACUUUUUUUAUUUGAAUUUGUCUUUUUUUUAUUUAUUGGUCUGAAAGGCAUUUCAAAGGUAUUAUAAUAAUAUAUUGGUGUAAUUUAAUUGGUGCAACAUGCUUUAUGGCUCCAGUCAACAUUGGUUUUAACUCAUUUGAUUGGUUUGAGCCCGGAACAGCCUACAGGGAAAAAAAGCUGGAUAACCACCCAAAGUGUUUGUGUUUUCAUUGGAAACUGAUUUUUGUUUUGUUUUUUGGGUUUUUUGUUUUUAUUUUUAAAUUAAAUAAAUUGCAAUGAACUGAACUGAA